CUUAUGCUCUCGGAGCGUCCAUCUACGAACCGGUAAAUCUCGACUACGAAGGGACACUUCUCCGAUCUUUGUGGACAGAAAUUUCGCUAUCGCUGGCAUUAAGUGUUAGCUCUGAUCUUGUGGCAGUAUGCAAGAGCACAAGUUUUCGACGUUCUUCGAGCCUUUCAAAAUCAAAUCUGUGGAGAAGCUCAAGCAAACAACGCGAGACGAACGAAUCAAGCAUCUGAAACAAGCCAACUACAAUUUGUAUCUCUUGGACUCGGAUAAUAUUAUGAUUGACCUUCUGACCGAUUCAGGGACUGGGGCGAUGAGUUCUGAACAGUGGGCAGCUGUCAUGCUUGGAGACGAGUCGUACGCAGGCUCCCCGAGUUACAGAAAGUUUGAAAAGGUCGUCAAGGAGAUCUUUGGCUACCGUCACGUGAUCCCCACGCAUCAAGGGCGUGCUGCUGAGCGCAUUCUCUUCCGGUGCACAAUAAAAGAAGGAGAUAUUGUGCCUAACAACGCACACUUUGCGACGACUUUGGCCAACAUCGAAGCGCAGGGGGGGGACGCGAUCAAUUUUUUGACACCCGAAGCUAUGGAGCCGAGUACAGAUAUGCCAUUUAAGGGUAACAUGAACAUCGGUAUGCUAGAAGAAAAGGUCGCCAAGAGUAAAGCCAGAAUCCCACUUGUUAUGAUCACCAUAACUAAUAACAUGGUCGGAGGUGAGCCUGUUAGCAUGGAGAAUAUCAAGGCGGUCUCAAAACUGUGCCGAGCUCACGGUAUUCCGCUGUUCUUCGAUGCCUGCCGUUUCGCUGAGAACGCCUGGUUCAUCAAGAUCAAAGAAGAAGGUUAUGCCAAUCGCACACCCAAAGAAAUCGCACAUGAAAUCUUCUCAUACGGAGACGGGUGCACCAUGUCAGCAAAGAAAGACGGCCUCGCAAACAUCGGGGGAUUUUUGGCAAUGAAUGACUCUGAACUCGCGGCACAAUGCCGGAAAGAGCUCUUGAUAACCGAAGGGUUUACGACUUACGGUGGACUCGCCGGACGCGAUCUCGAAGCAAUUGCCGUGGGGUUGAACGAGGUUCUAGAAGAGGACUACUUGCGUUAUCAAGUUGGCUUCGUGAAGUUUAUGGGGGACUUACUCGUAGAGAACCAAGUUCCGAUUGUCACGCCACCAGGAGGCCACGCAGUGUACAUCGAUGCAGGCGCAAUGCUGCCUCACAUCCCAAGGGAACAGUUUCCCGCGUGGGCCCUUGGGUGCGCACUUUACGUCGAGGGAGGUAUCCGGGGGGCGGAAGUUGGCGGGGUGAUGCUGGGGAAAGCAAAGAAUGGCAAGGAGUCUUCCCCAACGGGAGAGAACACAGAGGAUGAGGUGAACACUGAUGAAGAAGAUGAUGAGGUUUUUGAAACUGAAGUGGAGGAGCAUGAAGAGUUGUUCCGUCUGGCCAUUCCUCGCCGCACAUACACUGAAUCUCAUAUCAGAUACGUUGCCGAGGUCUGCGCCCAUAUUUACAGGAACCGCUCUAAGGUUUGUGGCUAUACUAUCGCGUGGGAACCACCCUGUUUGCGUCAUUUCACCGCCCAUCUGGAACCUAUUCGUCCGCCGUCAGGGGCUACCGAGGAACCAGAUAGAGUGCGCCAUCCGUCAGCUGUAAAAGUGUCCAGUGGUCAAAUUUUGAGGAGACGUAAAAAUUCAUCGAUGCAGUUUAGUUAGUAAAAUUUGAGACUCAGCAAUUAACUGAAGCUUCAGAAGAAAUUCCGAUCGAUUUUGAUUGCGUUAUUACGAACAAGUUUGCUACAAUUGUCUGAAGAAGUAUUAUUCAACGCUUGCAUGUCUGUAUGCGGUGCCUGUAACAAUCGUCACGGUCACCACGUGGGUAGCACUGGGAACGACGUUACAGAACGUGACGUAAUGCAGUCGUUGAAUAAUCAGUCACGUUAUGAUACUCGACACAUUGUGUUAUCUCCCCCAAACCACGGUAGAACCCCACCAACUCAACUCCCAAGGAAAGCUAAAAAUGGUUCGAGUUAGCGGGGGUUCGAGUUAGCGGGGAUUCGAGUUAGCGGGGGUUCGAGUUAACGGGGGUUCGAGUUAGCUGAUAGGGAGUGACUGAAAAAAAUAAGGUCAGGGUAAAUCGGAUCUUAUUCAAGUUACGGCGGGUUUGAGUUUACCAAGUUCGAGUUAGUGGGGUUCUGCUGUAUCACAAAAAAGAUAUGGGCCAAAGCAGAACAUUGGGAUCUUUUUCUAGUUUUGUGAUUUGAUUUUUAAGUGGUGGACCGAGGGGGAAGUGGGGAGGGGGGAUACUUGGGCCAAUUUUUUUCUCUUUUUCGGGUAUGAGCCACUGGCCUCUGAGAUCCCCUACCCCAUUAUAGUCUAUACUGUGGCCAAUUAUAGACCCAAUCUUAGUUUAUUUUUGGAAAGUGUAAUUUUGCUAUGCCAACAGACCCAUUGAGGUCACUUUUAACAGCGUAUCUUCCCAUUCUUAUUCCCCAUCAACCAGAAUUUUCUUACCCCCAAAAUCUCGAAAAUGUGCCACCCCAUUCUAGUAACUAUAUUGAAAUGCAACCCCAUUGUAAACUUCCUCAUCAUCAUUAGCCUAUUGCUAGGAAGAGCCUUCCCCAAGUAACGGACACCCCGUAGAAGGGCGUGCCUGCUCAAGUCAGAUCUUAUAUCUACUAAAUUUUCUAAUGACAACUCUGAAGGUUUUUUUUUGGGGGGGGAGGGGGUUACCUUUUGGUUUUAGUCUCUUAACACUCAAAUGAAAAGCGCUCGGCGUGAAUUAUUUUGAAUCUUAUUUCUUGAAUUCUGUUAUUGUUAGUCAUGGUAAGAUCUAUUAAUAGAUCACAAAUUUGUUGCAUUUUACACUAUGAUAAAGAAAACAUGAAACAUUUACUAUUGAGAACGACUAACAAAGAUGUAUUUGAUGGAAUUUAUUUACUUGUUAUGUAUUAAGAUGGCCAAAAUGAAUUAAGGUUAAUCAA